AUGCUAACAGAUGCUUUAUACUACCGGCAACAUCGAGAAUAUACUAGUUUAGGACUAGAUCCAACAAAAUUCGAAUGUAUGAUUGAAAGUAUUAAUCCACAACUAAAGAUAGCAGAUUUGUGUAACAAAUUUGUAAAUCAACAUAAAUUAAAAGUUGGUUUAAAUUUAAUAGCUUCAGAAGUAACAUGGGAAGCUAUUGAUACGAUUUCAAGUCUUGAAUACUAUGCAUAUGCCAAAACAGUAGAGGAAUUUCCAAAACUAGUUUUGGAAUAUCCUUCGAUACCAAUAAUUUUUAAUGGAGUAUCAAUUCAUAACCCAGUUAAUGUUAAAGCGUCAAGAAUUUGUCAUUCAGUUGUUACUGAGUAUGAUCUAAUUGAAAUAUUGACAGUUUAUAGUUAUGCUGAUAAUAUAAUAGAACAUUAUAUUAGUGCUUUAAAAAUGAUAUUACAAAUUAAUAAUAAAAUACAAUACUUAAAUGAAUAUGUUGCACCAGUUGUUGCAGAUUGGCCCAGACAGAUUUUUAUUAGAAAAGCAUUGUAUAUGCAUACAGUACUGAAUCUACAAGCUGCUAUUCCAAGUGAAAUUAAAUUAUUAUUGUCUAUGCUAGGCCCACUUCAUUUUUCAUUAAACAAGCUCACACAUAAUAGAUGGAUAAAAAUCAAAAGCAAUAUUAUUAGAAAAUUUGGUCAAAUAUGCAAAGACAUAGAGUAUCGUACAAUGCUUGACUUAUUUGAUAAUUUAGUUCCAGCAACACUUGAUGUUUAUGCAAUAUUAUUAUGUUCAG